GUGAUAAACUUAUUAAAUAGAUUGUGUUGUGUUAGUUGCCUCUUAUUGAGUCACAGUAAUAAUGGUGCGUCUCAAAUUCAAAAAGGAGAACGAAGGCCUCUUCAUCAUGGACACUACUCUGGACAAGGAGGUCAAGGUCAUCAUAGACUAUAUAGUGAAAGUGCAGAAUGGGCGCCUCAAAAUUGAACGCCUCUGCUACGAGAUUGGUGAGUUGGGCAAGCAUGGUAUCUCUCUGCCGCCCAACAUGCAGGGACUGACGGAGGAGCAGGUGGUGGAGUUGAAGUUGAAGGACGAGUGGCAGGCCAAAUGUAUUCCCUCUGGGGGAGUCACUCAGCGCAAGGACGACAUCGGACGCAGGAGUGGACAAGCUCCAAUGGAGAACAUGCAGACGGUGCUGAACGACACAGUGGAAGAGGCUAAACAAAAAGUAUCCAAGAAACAUUUUGAGAACAACAAAGUGGUCACGAAUGAAGACGUGAAGGACUGUUUGGCCAUUUUGAAGGGAGCAGUGACUAUUGUGUACCCUAUGGGACUGCCCCCUCAUGAUCCCAUCCAGGCAGAGUUCGAUGACAACGAGGAUCUCGCAGGAACCCAGAUGGCCAAGGAGGUAUUGGAUUUGAACAAUCUGUCCCUGUGGUACUGUGGCAAGGAGAUGACGCCUACAGAGAAACCUUUGUCUCACUUCAUGGGCAAAAACGAAAAGACCACAGUCAUUAUCAAACUCACCAAGAAGGGCCAUGGGUGUCCUGCCAGGGAGCCAGUGGUGAAUGAGCAGGAACAGAAGCUAAUGAUGGCACAUGCAUAUCGCAGACAGGAGGAACUCAAGAAAUUGGCGGAAAAUGAGGACACAGACUAUCUGGGGUCUGCGUGGGCAGAUCCAAGUUCACUCAAACAGCAGCUGCAUGGAGUGUCGAACAUCAAGUGGAGAUGAAACAAGAGUUGCACAUUUGGCAGUUCGAAUCAGCUAAAGGAGUAGAGCGAGAAGUGAAAGUGAGAAAGUUGACUCGAGUUUCAUAAAACAAGCGCCUUCAUUGUUUAUUUAAAUUCAUGUCCCAGCUAGUGUCUGUACUUCAUUCGUUAGUUCUUCAUUUAGUUUGUACAUUGUUGUAAAUAUUGCAUAAACUUAAAUAAGAUGUAUAAUCACACAAGCGAAUCCAAGUGUUGCAUAGUGCAACAAUUGCCUUUUUUCAAAGUCGUCAAUUUUUAU